AACAAUUGAUUGAUUGUUAUAAAAACAAAUGAAUAAAUGAAUUUAAACCAGAAUCCAAAUUAGAGUUAAUUACACAUUCAACCUUUGUUUCAAUAGUUACUAAUUGCUAAUUGAUUAAAAAUGUUCAACAAAUCGUUAAUUGCUCUUUGUUUUGUUUUAGGCUGUACCUUGAUUGGUUCAAGUGCUGUUGAAGACAUUGAAUUCUUGACCACCAUCUCAACCAAAUAUAGUCCAACUUUGGUCAAGCAAUUAUUGGUCAGUCGACUUGAUCAUAAAUUAAAAGAAAUUAAUGAGUUGAACACAACAGUCGGAAUCAACCAAGAACAGCAAUUCCUCUGUUCAGUUAUUUUCCGAGCUGUUGACACUCUUCGUUCCGAUGUUAUUUCCAUGGACGAGCAACAAGUUAUCUGUGGCGAUGAAACUUACACCAAGAAUAUCAAGUCAUUCAUCUCACAAUUCAGUUUAUUGAUCACAAUUUUAGACACUGAAUUCGAGGCCCUGAAGACUCCGAACAUCGGUGCUAAGUCUCCUGAAGAUCUCAUUCGUGAAUUGACCUCAACCAUGACAGAUAUUUCCACUGUAGUUUCUGGAAAAGCUGUAACAUCACUUAAUGCUUAUAUUACUGAAAUCAAGAAGAUUGUUGAUAAUGAAAAGACUUCUUCUGAAAUUAAGGUCCUUGGUCACGCUAUUUUACAAGAGCUGAACAAUAUGAUUACCACCAUUAACUCAUGGAAAACUCAAUCACCUUCAUCCCCGAAAGCAACUUUGUUAGAUUUAUUAGCAAGGUUCGAGGAAGCAAUUGACAUUUUCUACAGACAAAUUGAAUUGUCUAAAUAAUAUCGAUGAGCUAAAUUGUAACUAACCAAUUUAAUCUUUCGAAUAAAAAUUUUACUUUUGCAAACCACAUAA